AUGAAUCGUUUAAUUGUGCCAUAUUUACAACUGCAAGUGGUGCUACUCAGCGUAGUAGGAGUAAUCCGAGCUACCGAAGUAGAUAAUACUCGAGUGAUUUCAAUUGUGGAACAGUUUGAAGACGAUGCUUUAUGGGAAUUUCACUCUAAGUCAGUACGACGUGCGCAGGUUUCGAAGAAAACUUGGGAUGAAUACGUAAAAUAUAAGGAACAAACAUGUCGCUUGGAAGUCGAGAAAGAUACAGAAUCAAAAGCGAAAGGCUAUCUGAGCUGGGAAGAAAUGGCUUUCCACAAAAGUUUACGAUUGAAAUUAUUACCAAACUUGGCAGAUGGUGACGCUUUAUCAUACGAAGAUGCAGUCAUGUUAUCAAAUGUAGAUAGUCGCCUGCUUUCACCAGAACCGGAAUCACUUUGCAAAAUUGGCGUAAUUGAUGAUAGCGAUCAAAAUGAAAUUGCUGAGAAAAGCCGUUUCGAAGAUACUUUGAUAAGUCGAUUGUUUCGGAAAGAAAUACGGGAAUCGGAACAAGGAAACUCAGAGCACUAA